CGCACUCUCAAACUGAGUAUAUAUAAUAGUUGUUGUUAUAAAGGAUUAAUUGAGAAAUUGGAAUUGAGAUGAGGAACCCGGGUUCAACAAAUAAGAAGAAGAAUAGUAAUGGUGGUGGUGGCAGCAGCAGUAGUACUAUAACUCCAUGCUGCAUUAAGGUGGGUUUGAAGAGAGGGCCAUGGACUCCUGAGGAAGACGAGGUGUUAGCCGAUUAUAUAAGGAAAGAAGGAGAAGGUCGUUGGAGAACACUUCCCAAGAGAGCUGGCCUCCUCCGCUGCGGCAAGAGCUGUCGCCUCCGCUGGAUGAACUAUCUCCGCCCUUCUGUCAAGCGCGGCCAGAUCGCCCCCGACGAGGAAGAUCUCAUCCUCCGCCUCCACCGCCUCCUCGGCAACCGAUGGUCUUUGAUAGCUGGUAGAAUACCGGGAAGAACAGAUAAUGAGAUAAAGAACUACUGGAACACACAUCUCAGCAAGAAGCUCAUAAACCAAGGGAUUGAUCCAAGAACCCACAAGCCUCUCAACCCACCAUCUAUUCCUUCACCUUCUAAUCAUUCAUCCAAAGUACCCAAACCCCCAACCGCCAAGGUUCACCAAACCCCUUCUGCUCUCCAUCAUAAUCAUCUCAUUACUUCUCUCCAUCAUCAUCAUCAUCAUGAUCAUGAACAACAAGCUCCGACAGCUGGGAAUAUCGUAACUAACAACAAUCUUAAUCCAGCCGAUGAUGUCUCUACAAUGGGCUUAAUUAGAACCAAUGAUCAACUACUUACCCCAAACAAUGAGGAUUAUGAUGAUAUAAAUUAUUGUUCUGACGAUGUCUUUUCUUCCUUCCUCAAUUCAUUGAUCAAUGAGGAUGCUUUUGCUGCCCAGCAACACCUGCAAUCAGCACUGCCUUCUGAUGAUCAUGAUCAUGAUCCUUUGAUUUCAAUUACAACUGCAUCUGCGACGCCACCCUAUGCCGGCCUUGGUGUUGUCUGGGAAUCGCCACUCAUGUCUGCUACUUUCAGCCAAAGUGACCCUAACCCCAAGAGGGUUCUUGAUCACGAUCAAAAGCAUUUCUCAAAUAUGUAGUGCAUGUUGAUUACUUCAUCAAAUUUAAUAGCUACCAAGAGUUCAACUACUGGGAUUUAUAUAUAUAUAUAUAUAUAUAUGUAUUAAUUUUGUCAUGUAUUCCUAUAUUAUUAUAUGUUGUACUUUAGCUGUGGAUGUGUGUUGGAUUUGGUGUUCCAUAUCAUGCAUGUUUGCCUCUUGUUGGUCUUGCUGUAUACAGUUUUAUUAAUGUAUUAAGAUUUGUGCUUUUUUUUUUUGUGGAC